AAAUCUUCCAAGAAUUGGUGCCAAUGCAUCGGAUAUGCAAGCUCUUUCAAACGCAAUAGAUCGCAAUCGUAAUAAUUCGAUGCUAGCCAUAAACACUGCCGGCUUAACCGUUGGCACAGGAGAUCCUAGUCCUAUGAGUGCGAGUUCCUCAACUGGGUCUCCAAUAAUGCCAGCUCUUGGUUAUCAUCAUCAUAGCGCCCAUCAUCAAGCGUUGCUCAACAGUCACUUCAUGGCCGCCACUCAAUCUAUGAACAAUAGUGCCGGCUUGAUAGCACCAACCCAACGUGUUCCCGCAAAUCAUAACCGAAGAAACACUCGCUCAGAUGAUGGUAACGACAUAGGUUCCGCAUCCAACGGGGAUCGUCCUCAGAAGGUAUAUUCUUUCGUGGCUCUACCAGGGAUAAAUACCAAGAAGAGACCACGCCGCCGAUACGAUGAAAUCGAACGUCAUUAUGCUUGCAAUUUCUCGGGAUGCACAAAGAGUUACGGUACUCUCAACCACUUGAACGCUCACGUACAGAUGCAGAAACAUGGACCCAAAAGACAUCCUUCAGAAUUCAAGGAACUUCGAAAACAAUGGAGACGACAAAAACGCGAAGAGGAAGAGCGGAAAAACGCAGAAAGUAAUGUUUCCAAAAGCGCUGCGGCUGGCCUCAACAUAUCUCUUCCAUCGAUAUAA